AAUGAAUUUAUAAAUUUAGAAUUAAUCGGGAUAGUAUAAUCAAUAUGUCAGUUAAUUAUAAGCAAAAAGCUCUAAGGGACCAUCAUUACUCCUCGGUCAAGCCCACCCCUGAGAACGAAGGCUUUAAUGCCUUUCAGGAUCAUUCAAGCGGAAGGCCUCAGAUCGAGUCCGGCCCUCAAGCUUUUCAUGUCUAUAAGGAUGAUCAGGAUAUGAGCGAAGAAAUCAGACAAGGCUUCAUCUCAAAGGUUUAUGGAAUCAUCAGUAUUCAGAUCUUGAUCACAGGAGUUUUCGUGUUCAUGGCUGUGCUGACAGAGCUUGGACCAUGGCUCCUCAGAAAUGCAUGGCUCGCUGGCCUCUGUCUUGUUGGAGCUUUGGUAACAGAAAUCAUGAUAAUCUGCUGUAAAUAUGGAAGGAAGGUUCCUGAUAACUACAUUUGCCUAUUCAUUUUUACUUUUUGUGAAUCAAUAGUUGUAGCUACCAUUUGAGCUGAAGUUGAUGAACCUUUCAUUGUUCUUAUCUCUGCUUUUAUGACAAUGGUUCUUGUGCUAACCCUAACCGCUUACGCUUGGUAUACAAAGAAUGAUUUUACUGUUUGCGGUUCAAUCAUUUGGGUGCUCCUCUCUUCAUUCAUAACACUGAUCAUCUUAAUGUUGAUCUUCCCAAGCGACACCAUGUACAUUCUUUACUGUGCAGGUGGAACAAUUAUAUUCAGCUUUAUUCUGAUCGCAGAUACUCAGAUGUUGAAGGGUGACAAAUCAAACAGAUUUAGUGAAGAUGACUACAUCCUUGCUGCCUUGAUGAUCUACAUCGACAUCAUCACCAUCUUCUUAAAAAUCUUAGAGAUGGUAAGCAAGGCUAGGAGAUAAAUUGCGCAGAUUGUUUAUUCUUCAAAUAUUUGAACCGUAU